CACUUCCACCACCUCUCGUCAUCAAUUUGCCACACUGCCCUCCUCUAUCUGUCCUGGCAAUGCUGAACGAUAAUUAGUCCUCUCUUUCCAUGCUUAAUCGCCCGUAGGCAUGUAUGUACCGUAAUAAGCCCCCUCUCUCCAUCCUUCAUUGUCCAUAGGUAUUGUCCCGUCUUCGGGGAUCUCCCUGCAGCCUUUACCGGCUGUACCGUGACCUGGCCAGUGACCCACCCCAUAGCGGUGACCCGAGCCCUCCCUGACCUUUCCCGGCCGCACUUAGACCCAGUGUCAUACACGGCGUUUGUGACCCGGGCAGUGACCCUCCCGACGCAUGGUGAUAGUCUAUCCAGGACCCCUCCCCCAACGGUGGUGACCCGGCCAGUCAGUGACCCCGGCAGUCGAGCCGUGACCCGCCCGGCGGCGUUGACCCGGGCGGGGACGGUCACCUGUCCACUCGAUGCCGCCAGUCGCGGCGAAUCCCCCCCCCCCCGCCCCCUGGUCGGUGACCGGUACGCGUGCAGUGUGCUCCAGAUGAGCCGGGCCGCCGGCCGCGCCGCGGGUCUCUGAAGGUCAGCAGCCGGCGGCGGGCCGAGCGGCGACGCCUCCUAUAAGGGCGCCGGCCGCCGGGCCAGCAGCACACUCGGCAGUGGUUGUGGUCCGCGAUCGGACCUCCGUGAUCUCCUCAGUCACUUCACUCAGAAUCAGGAUGGUGCGCACCGCCCUGCUCGUGCUGCUGGCUGUGGCGGCCGCCUCGGCCCAGUACGAUCUGCCCGGCGGCUACCUGCCGCCCCAGUGUCCGCCGGCGCCGGCUCCCGUCACAAAGACCGAGGUGCAGUACGUGACGCGCACUGUGGUUAAGCCCGUGGUGCGCCCCGAAGUCCGCUACACCACCAAACAGGUGGUCUCGUCGCGGGUGGUGCCCUCUGAGAUCGUGUCGACGGUCGUCACCCAGCAGCCCACCUACGUGUACCGCACUGCCGUCGUCACCAAAACCGAGCUGCGCUACAGCACGAGCGUCGUCCAGAUCCCCGGACAGAAGCGCGUCGUUCAGAACACCCUCACCAAGCCGGUGAACAAGGAGGUGGUGACUGACGUCUACCGGACCGUGUACACGACCCUGGUGCAGCCGACCACCCUGGUCAAGACCAGCAUCGUCACCAAGGUGAACGUGGAGAGCAAGUACGUGCCCAAGUACAUGCAGGCGGUGACGACGGUGGUGGUGCCCGGCCCGACCGUGUACCUCACCAAGACGAAACAGGUGGUGCGCACCAGCGUGGAGCCGCGCCAGCAGCCGGCCGUCUACCGCACCAAGUACGUGACGGCCUACACCAGCGUGUACCGUACCGUGCCCGUGCCGGGACCCACCGAGACCUACGUCCGCACCGUCUACCAGACCAAGCCGGUGGUGCGCACUGAGGUGCGCUACAGCACCCAGGUGCUCACCAAGACGGUGCAGCAGCGCGUGCCGGUCGAGGUGACGGUGACGAGCACUCAGUACACCACCCAGGUGGUGCCGCGGGUGAUCUACAGUACCAAGUACGUGCCGCAGUACUACACCAAGACGCAGAUUGUGGACGUGCCUCGUGUGGUGACCGUCACCAACAUUCGCACAAUCAGCAGCCGCGUGCCGGCCUACCCUGUUUACCGGACCAAGUACAGCACGGGCGUCCAGUACAGCACGGUGCCGGGCCAGGUGCGCCAGCAGGUUCAGUACAAAACCGUCACCGACUACACCACCAUCUACAGCACGGCCACCCGCGUGGUGCCCCAGUACACCACCAAGACGGAGACCGUGAAGAAGCCGUGCGGCUACAGCUACCCCGAGCCCAGCAACCCUCUCCGCUUCUAGACGGGGAUCCGGACGGCCAGUCGGCGGGCUGGCCGGUCGCAGAGGGGCCGACCGGUCGCUGACGGACGCAGUCGUCCCCAGCGGCCGGCCGGAGCGGAGGGAUAUUUAUUGGCGUACCAGUCUGAAAUUUCCAGCCAACGUGAUGCAGCGCUAACAGCAAACAUCAGGCCCCUGCUGGGGCGGCGACAGACAUCAACAACACGAGUGGAUCCGGUUCUCAUUGUCGAGAAAAUGCUUCAUUUGAUAUGACAAACGCUCCAAAUUUGUUACGCGUUUGUACUGUACAUGAGUGAAAUAUAUGGUCUGUCAAAUA